CCGCCCCGCCCCGCCCCGGAGCCGGCAGGUGCCCGGAGCCGCCGCCGGGAGCCGGGAGCCGAUUCAGUAGGAUAAGCUGGCUUCGAAACUACGCUGCUCAGAAGAAUUGUUUUUCUCAGCUCUGUCGAGGCCUCUGAGUUCCUUGCUACAAGGAAGAGGACAGGGCCACUCUGAGCCAUGUCCAACGACCCUCCGCCACCCUACCCGGGAGGCCCCUCGGCACCACUGAUAGAAGAGAAGCACGGUCCACCCCCUGCAACAGAUGGCGUCGCCCCCGUGGUGGGACAGCCCCAGGGGGUUCCCAUCCCCCCUCCUGAAUUCCCCCCCCCCCCAUAUAAGCCACCCUCGCAGCCAGGGUUCGUGCCCCCCCACAUGCCUAUGGACAGCUCUGGGCCCUACGUGCCACCUGGUUACUACCCCCCUCCAGGCCCUCAGCCCACCAUGGGCUACUACCCUGCCCCGGGACACUAUCCCUCUCCCGGUGGCCACACGGCGACGGUGCUUGUCCCGUCAGGGGCUGCCACCACGGUGACGGUGCUGCAGGGAGAGAUCUUCCAGGGUGCCCCCGUGCAGACGGUGUGUCCCCACUGCCAGCAAGCCAUCACCACCAAGAUCACCUAUGAGAUUGGGCUCAUGAGCUUCCUUCUUGGCUUCUUCUGCUGCUUCGUGGGGUGUGAUCUCUGCUGCUGCCUGAUCCCCUGCCUGUUUGAUGACUUCAAGGAUGUGACACACACGUGUCCCAACUGCAAGGCCUAUAUCUACACGUACAAGCGCAUGUGCUAACAGCACCCCGGGAGCCUGAGCCGCUGGAAUGAUACCGGCCCCUCUCCCGUUGCCGUCCUAGUCUAUGCGUGUGCAACACUCCUUUGCUUAACCCUCCGGUGGCGUGUAUGUGUGUAUCCCCGGCUCCCUCCCGCUCAGAGCUGCGACCACCUUCCCCAAGCUCCAGUCCUCGCUGUGAACGGUUGGACUGGCGAUGCUGGCACGGGUGCACAGGGGAGGUUGGCCCAGGGCCCAGAUGCUGUGGCGGGGGUGGGGGGACCGCCCUGCAGCACACAGGAGUGGAGGGGAAGGGGGGGGGUAUUGCUCUGCACCCCCUUACACUCCAGGAUGCUAGCGAGGCCCCUCAUGCCUGGAGCAACCUGGGGAAGGGCAGCAGGUGCUGGAGACGCCCACCCCUCAGUCCCCCGCGGCUCAGGGGGCACCUGGCUGCAGGGAUGCGCUGCCGUGACAGGGAGCUGCUGCAGGCAGGGGGGCACCUGCUGCCCAGGAGGGGAAGGGGGGGACCCGAGCAGCCCACAGCGCACACGGGAGGCAGCACAGCUGUUGUGGCACUUUUAGGAAGGGACCCAGUGGCAAGGAGAGAGGGUAGUGCCACACGUGCCAGGCUUCAGCGUGGUUCGUGGCCCUUUCCAGCCACGUCAGCGUGCAGCCCAUAGGCAAAGCCCCUUCCCGAGGAGAGGCGGGCAGAGCUGCCUUCGAGGCGUGGCGGGAGGGGAGGGGGACCGGCAGCAGCACUGCACCCUUGAUCAGCACCUCCGUCCUGCCAGAGCAGCUGCCAGCACCUGGUGGCCUCGGCUGCUCCAGCUGCAUGCGCCUCCCCCCGGCCCCUGCUGUGGCUCUUUUGGGGAAGAAAAACCCCUGGCAGUUCCUUGCCCACCUGGCAAACCGUUAGCGAAAAAUGCAUCCAGCAUGUCGCUAUCUGCCCUGGCACUGUAGAUUAGAUUAGAAGAGUUUGUACCAGGCCGCAGCUGGCUCGCAGCUCUGGAGCAGACCCAUGCCCGCCCACUGCAGAGCCACGUCCUGAGCCCGGCAGGGUCUGUGGGCACGCACCCUGCAGCACCUCUCCUGCCACCACCACAGCUGCACCCUGUCGGCUUCUUUGUUGCAUGUGGGUGUAGGGGUUUAUUUUUAGCUCACUUGAUAUGGGGCAGAAGGAAUGGGGCAAGCAGGCAGCGACAGGAGCUGCCAGCAGCACUCAGACGGACAAGGGCAAGAGGACCUGGGAGCCGUUUUCAGCCCCUCUGUGGCUGCUCCUCCUCCUCCCACUGGCCCCAGCCCCUGCAGCCAGGGCAGCUGGAGCAUGCAGCCCCCAGAGCGAAGCAGGGGGUCUCUCAGUACACAGGUCUGCAAACAGCCUGGCCUGCACAGGCAGCUGCUGUUUGCUCAGAGGUGGAACUGUGGCACUAAUCAGUGUUUUUAUGUAAAUAAAUAACAGACCCUGAA